AUGGGCCGCCCAUCGCUACUACUGCUCUGUCUUUUCUCAGUGUCUUGUUUGGCAGAGGACAAUAGUCACGUGAGUUCCCUCGGCCCGCCAGUGGUCCCAAUCGAUCAGACGGUGCCUGCAGGUUCUUCCCGUCUACAAAUUCGGAAUUCUCGCCGGCGAACCGACGAGUUUGAACGGAUCGACGCAGGCGCAAGUGGCGAGUUUCGACGAGUGCGUCGACAAGUGCUCCGAGGACUCCGAGUGCAUUGUGGCGAGUCGCGACGACGGUCCCUGCUACCUGUUCAAGUACGACACGAUCACGGGCGUGCGCAAGAACGAGUCCGGCGGACAGGGACUCGUCGCCUUCCGGGUAAGCGCCCAAACUUACCCAUUCUUUCUUUUUCGUCUUCUGACGCCUAUAUCUCAACUAUCAAUAACUAUUCAAACAAGUGAUCAACUGGAAAAUUGUUGCAAAUUUCAUGCUCUACAACUUUGUACUUGACCACGUUUCUUCAAACAUCUUCAUUCUCGAGUUAUACUCGUUUUUCCUACAGGUCUACACGGAUCAACCCUCCUGCGACCUCAACUUGCCACUCUUGCUCAACGGCAAAACGUACCCACUCAAUGCGAACAACACACUGGAAAAAUUGUGGAGGAUUGACACCACCCAAGACGGCUGGAACAUCACCUAUAGUCAGUUUUUGCGGCCUUACAGCGCAAUUGUACACAAAUUUCAGUCGAUUCGAAACUAGCUGACAAUCUGAUCUGCGGAAACUGGACGUACAACCGUCCGUACGCGGAUGGCUGUGACCCCGAAUGCCUAUUAACCAUGACAGCCGUGUACGCAAAACCGGGACCGCUCGCCCAGAAAUUCGAAGUGUUCACCGGUGUUCAACCGAGCGAUUGGAACGCGUGCAUGCAGGCGUGUCACUCCGAACCCACGUGUAUCGUCGUGUACUGGGACGACAACGUCCGAAAUUGCACGUAUCACACCAUCUACCGACAGCCGUACUUUUUGAAUAAGACGAGCGCGGAGGACGGUCGGCACGCGGCGAUCAAAAUGAAUUUGAACAAUGAGACGUGCAAGUACACCACCGAUCAGUUGCUCAAUGAUACCUACUUUGUGAGUUUUUGACGAGUUUUAUGCGCUCGGGUCGACGGAAAUCGCUUGUAGAUGGCCUCGCAAGACGUCAUCAAAAUGACGUACACACUGGCGAGCGCCAAAGUGACGGCAAGCAACGUCAAUCCCGUCAUGCCGUUCUACCGGGUUCGCAACACCGGCGACUACUUCGUCUUCAACUAUUAUAGUGAGUUUUUUUUAUUGUUCUCUUUACAAAAGGCACAUAAAACUUACCUAUUCUUUAAAAAUCAAGGCAAUCGACAGUUUAAGAAAUCUCUGAAAGAACUAUAACCUCUAGAAUCCGAUUGGACUUAUUGAUCAAUCCGUACACUGUAAAUGCUGUUCAUUCAAAACGAUGUAUCUCAGCACGAAACCCCAGCCUUCCAAUAAAAAAUUCCCUUGGCACGCAAUUCACGUGCGCUAAACAAGGCGCGUAACGCGUAAUUCCGGAGCGUCGUUGUAGAGUUUCUCAUUUCAAUUUUCCGCCUUUUUUUGCAUUAUCCCCAUCUUUUCAGAACCAAUCAGUGUCAAAACGUAUGAGAAUGAUUAGAAAUGAAUAAAAAAUGAAAUUUUAACUGCUUCGUCAUCAAUUUCGAAACGUUUUAUGUAAAAAUUACAGCAUUUUUUUCCUUUUGGAAUCGAAAAUUUGCCUAAUUAUCUAAAUUCUGUAUAUUUUUCGACGGUUGAGCGCUUAAAAGAUGCGCAAUAAACUCCUUGUUGACUGGACGGUUCGAAAUCGUUAAAACUCCGUUUUUUUUUCAGUAGUUUUCGACAAAAUCCCUCAAUUUGGUCAAUUCUGAACGAAUCUGCUCCGUUUCGCGCUUAAAUCGAUGCUUUUAACUCGGACAAUCGCCCUACGGGUUCGCAAAGAACAAAAUUUGAGUGUUUAGUAAGAGAAAAACGAAAGAAUUCUGGUUUUCAAUUGAAAAAAGAAACUCCGAGUCGACGGUGGAUGCAAGCGCGCCCCAUUGACAACUCGCUUGCGCAUUGGAAUGCUGGGGUUCCGUGCUCAGCGGUGAAUAGAGAUAGCGAAAUGUUGUCAACUAGUAAAUUGCUGAGAAAGAAAUUUUACACAUUUUAUUAGUUGACCACUUUUUGAUAUCUCCACCGGUAGCUGAGAUACAUCGAUUUGAAUAGAUGGUAUUUGGAGUGCAUUUGUAUUCCAUUUUUUUCUCAGCCAACGAGACGAUCCUCAACAUGAACAACGCGUCGGGAUGUCCGAUCUACUGGGAGGACUCUCGUUUCUGGUCCGACUCGCGUCCCUACCAAAUCGCGUGCUAUCAAGGCUUCAACUACCCGAACGCCACUCAAAAACAGGCGAAACAUUUGUGCGAGCGCAUGAACGGACGCCUGAUGGUCGAAAGUUAUCGAAAGUUCGGAAUGAGCGGCGAGGGAUACCUCAUGUUCCAGAACUUUGGGUUGGCUGUGUGGUGGGGCAUCAGUUGCAGCACGUGCAACAUUUGGAUGGGAUUGGAGAGGGACGAGGAGUGCGUCGGCGACGACCAGAGCACCAGCUAUUGUGCGGGCAAUCAGCAGUGGCAGUGGAGCAAUCCGUCGUGGCCGCUUUUGUGGAGAAACUAUUCGGUGACGCCGCCGGCGGAUAUUCCCGUCGAUUGGAAGUGGGCCAGUGGACAUCCGAUUAUUUCGGAUGACAAGUAAGUGUUCCAGUGUUUGAGGUGAACCUCGUGGAACCUAGAAGUUGAGCAGGAUUGUAGAAGCGGCUUCGAGCCACUUUCAGUUUUUGGCUCAUAACUCCGCGGCCAUAAGAGUUUGGAAAAAACUUCAAACUAACAAAAUGUAGAGCUUGAAAUUCUCUAUCCAAACCUAUAAUUUUCAGACUCUGCGCCUACAUGCAAAAGACGCCAGACCUGGAUAAACAGGAAAACCUCUUCUACUCGGCCGAGUUCGUACUUCACACAAUCUCUCCAAUUCUCAUUGUUCGUACGUUUCAGUUGCGAUAGCAGCACCGACGUCGGCGGAUUCGUGUGCGCCCAGGACAUCCAACAAAUUCAGGGAAUUCCAAAGUACGAUGACGUGGCGCGGUCCUACGGAUACAUUUGA